UUGACUAACAAUCAACGUUUGAUUUAUUCAUUAGGUUUGCGUAAAGUUAAACCUUACUAUUUUGAAUACAAAUCUUUCGCUAAAGGUCGAUGGUUCGAUCGAACUAUUCUUGAUGUGUUCUCUUCAGAAUUUAGAGAUCGCAGUGAGGUUUAUUAUCGUUAUGCCAUUGAGAAAGGAUUGCUGACUAUCAAUGAUAAGCAAGUGACAAUAGAUACUAUUGUGAAGAAUGGAGAUGUGAUAGGACAUAAAAUUCAUAGACAUGAGCCACCCGUUUCAGACCAACCCAUCAAUAUUGUAUACGAGGAUGACGAUUUAUAUGUUAUAGACAAGCCUGGAGGAAUUCCAGUUCAUCCUGCGGGGCGUUAUAGGCACAAUUCUAUCGUACAAAUCUUGCGGAAAGAAUACAAUAUACCGAAACUAUUUCCUGCCAACCGUCUCGAUCUACCAACCUCGGGUCUCAUGUUGAUUGCUAAAAAUUCAUCCAAGGCAAAAAAGCUAGAACGAGAAAUGUCGGCGGGUUUGAUAAGAAAGGAAUAUGUUUGUCGUGUUGAAGGAGAAUUCCCCGAUGGCGAAAUUGUCUGUGAUGCACCUAUCAAAUGUAUUUCGCACAAAAUGUCUGUCAACUAUGUCCAUGCGGAUGGAAAACCCUCAGUGACAAAGUUUGAAAAACUAAGUUAUAAUGGGAAAACAAGUGUUGUACGAUGUAAACCUUUAACAGGCCGUACACAUCAAAUUCGAGUCCAUCUACGUUAUUUGGGAUAUCCUAUUUCGAAUGAUCCUUUAUAUGGUAAUAGUACAACAUGGGCACCUUGGAUCAGACCUGGUGAAAGAAUGAAAGAUGAAGACGCCAAGAUGCUAGUGGAUAAACUUUUCGAAUACUCACCCAUGGAAGAUUGGUCUGAGCCUACGGAACCCAUAGCUACACCGAUUCCAGGAGUAAAAGAGGACGAGUUGGAUAAUCGUUGCAAAGAGUGUAGCGCUUCACUUAUCCUCGGUAAGAAUUAUGACCAGCUAUGCAUUUUCUUGCAUGCGUGGAAAUAUUCUGCUAACGGCUGGCAAUAUGAAACUGAAUUACCAUUCUGGGCCAAAGAAGACUUUGAUGAUGAAAAGGAUACUCCGGCAAAGUUCAAAAACGCUUUUUGUGAAAAAAAAAAUUCCACAAUUCCAGUGACUGAUGAGUAA